UUAUUUCCGGAAGUAAGUUAUCAGUGUCACUCUUUCCAGUAGGACUCCAAACAUCACAUCCCCAGCGCCGUGACGACAGGUUAGAAGUUGAAAAUAACACCAUAUUUAAACGUCUGCGGUCCCUUUGUUCAACUGUUAAGCCAGUGUGUCCUCGUCCACAGGAUGGCACAUUGGUUUCACAGAAACCCACUGAAGGCGACAGCGCCCGUGUCCUUUAAUUUCUACGGCGUGGCAGGGAGUCCCGCUGCCAAUAAGAUAUGCAAUGACCUGAGGACAACCAGGGCGAGACUGCUGGAGAUGUUCACCGAUGUCACCUGCAACCCUGAGAUGAUGAAAAACGCCACAGACGCGUACUUCUCCCUCUUGCAAGGCUUUAUCUCGUCCUUGGAUGGAACAACACAGGAGAACAAGAUGAGGUUCAUCCAGAACUUCAAGUGGACUGACACCUUACAAGGAAAUACACCAAGUGCCCAGCAGGACGCAGUGUUCGAGCUGGUCUCCAUGGCCUUCAACGUCGCCGUCUGGUACACCAAGUUUGCCUCUCGACUCGCCGGCAAAGAAAACAUAACGGAGCCUGAAGCGAAAGAUGUUCACCGGAGCCUGAAGCUUUCUGCUGGAAUAUUCAAAAACCUCAAGGAGGUUCACAUCCCUCGCCUCAUCACCCCGGCCGAAAAGGGCAGAGACCUGGAGUCCAGAGUGAUCGACGCGUACAUCAUCCAGUGUCAAGCAGAAGCACAAGAAGUGACGAUUGCCAGGGCGAUUGAACUGAAGCACAAUGCCACGCUCAUCGCAGCGCUGGCGUUCGAAACGGCAAACUUCUAUCAAAAAGCCGACCACACACUCAACACGUUGGAGCCCGAGUGCAGCAGCAAGUGGAGGAAGUAUCUUCAGCUGAAGUGGCACUUUUACAUGGCUUACGCAUACUGCUAUCACGGGCAGACGCUGCUGGCAAGUGACAAGUGUGGUGAGGCUAUACGAUCUCUCCAGGAAGCAGAGAAGUGUUACUCCCGUGCCGAGGCGCUGUGUAAAGAGUACCGUCAGACCAAAGGGCCGGGCACCACAGCCAAGCCGUCGGAGCAGCUGUUCUUCCUCAAGCUGGGCGGCGUCAUUAAAAACACACUGGAGAAGUGCCAGAGGGAAAAUGGAUUCAUAUACUUCCACAAGGUCCCUGCCGAGGCACCCCAGCUGGAGUUGAAGGCGAGCUAUGGCCUGGCCGAGCCUGUCCCGUUCGAGCUUCCGCCUCUCGGCGAGCAGUGCACCGCUGAGGUCUACGCCACCUUUGACCUGACCAAGGGAGCCAAAAACGAGAAGGCCAAACCCAAGGAGGAGGAGGUGAAACCGGUGAAGGAGCCAGAUUUGAAGCCUCAGAAGGACACAGGCUGCGUCGUCUCCUAAACGUCUCCCGUCGAUUGAAAUGAUGGCAUCCAUACUUACUUCCAUGUACACCUCCAUAGGACAAUGUGUUUUUUUUAUUUUUAUUAAUCCAUGACGUUUUGCAUUCACGCUAAGACAUGUGUAUUGUAUUUGGGUAUGACGGCCGUUAUCAUUGCGUUUCAUCCAGAGCGUGGACAGAUCCUCAAAAAAAAACAGCUCCCGAGUGUGACGUUCAAAACACAAACAGCACGUCUGUGAAGUAAACCUGAAAUGAUGAAGAAACAUGGUUAUGGUUGGUGUUUACUUGUCAACCCAAAGGUUUGCUCCUAAAUUAGGUUCUGACGGGCAAAUGUAGUUCUGUUAAUGGUGACUUUGGCUACAGGGUAAACCUGUUCACUGCUUCUUCUCUUACACAAGUGUCUGGGUUUUCAACCUUUUGGCACCAAAGUGCUCUGGACUGGUGACACGACGAUUAAAAUUCUUUUUUUAUAAAAGGAGUUGGCCGACAAUAAAAGGCUAUAGAUUAGAAAUAGAUGCAAACAAAAGAUGCAGUAGUGGCAUCUGAAAUUUAAAAAAAUAAGUAAAUGUAGGAUUUGCAUAAUGUACUUUUCAGAUGAUUGGAAUGCAUUUCAAUCUGAGAUUUAUUCAGAGACACAAUGAACAAGACAGCAAGUGUUAUUGCCGGUGCCAGUUUGUUUUAGCUGUUAGCAGUUUACAAUCACAACAUCUAAUUCGGAUCACAUGACAUAUUUACUGUACUGUAGUCGUGUUGUUUUGUACAUUAGAUUACAUGGCCGUUUUCUACUUUGUUCACUUAUUCCUGCAUUAAGUUUGAUCAUUAGUUAACUUGACGAGCGUACUUUUCCCUGAUAGGUAUUAAUUUAUUUCUAUUUUUUAAUGUAACAGUAGUUUAGCUGACAACUUUAAACACUUAACGACACUACACAGUUGUGUCAUUUGAAUCACAUGUUUAUGAUGUUGAUUUUCUAUAUUUCAGUGGAUACAUCAGAAAUAGCCACCGAUGUAUACGACGCUCCCUCCUGUUGCCGAGAGCGCUGUUGUCAGUAGCUGACCCAGCGAGUAUGUUAUCAUUUUCUUCGAGGGCAAAGGGUCAGGCGAGGAGUGUAAAGUGUCAGCGUACCUGAACUGAAAGAACAUUGGUGUCUAAAACAUCAUUUUCUGUGCUGCGAUGUGUUGUUGAAUCUCUCACUUGAUAGGGUCCCGUCCGAUGAAGCGUAACAAUCAGUUGCUGGAAAACUUGUAUAAAGUGUAAUAUACAGCUCACACGUAUACUCCUUCAUGUCCCUACAUGUAUGUUACUUUUACCUGAGCUACGUGAAAAAGGAGACGAGCGUCUCGCUGAAUGAGGGGUGGAUGUAAUUGAGAAGCAUCCAUCGGAGCAGAGCGAGCUCCCAACUGUGGAUCAAUGAGGGCCGCGUUGAAACGUUACAGCGCCUCGUUCACCCUCUCAAUGGUGUCUUUCAUGUUAAAUUUACUUCAGAGGGUAUUAAAUCGUUCAUUAAACUCCA